AUGGAUGGUGCAGCCCGGGCGGCUACCAUGGCUGUACUGUGGUUCCCACCGAUCCCUAACGUGUUGAAUGACGUAGAGGUUAUAUGGGAACGCAUAUGGGGCGGUAUCCUCCACCUUACGGACACGUUCGCUCCAGAAACUCGCAAGAGACCGCAAAUACGGGCCUCCAACUACGACGAUUACUCCGGCGCCGGAAUCGCGCUUGGCGAGCUUUUCGGGCCACCGGUACCUUAUGUGGUUCGCCACUCCAAGUUCCGGGGCUUAGGUUGCCGAUUUCAACCACUGAACAGCAGGUCCUCGUGA